AUGGCUAGGUUUCCGUUUUCUAUCACCGGCCGCAAGAAGAAAAGUGUACCGCCUCCCCCAUCUGGACCACGCAUGAGCAAGGCGCACAAGAUUUUGGGCUCUACACCACUGAACAUCGAUGCUCCAGGUAGCUGGGACGAUGUGUCUUCUUUAACGACUAGUGACGGCAGGUCUACAACCACAGGUGCCAGUUAUUCCGAGCCGGAGCUGCGAGGCCAUGAGUACGAACACCAGGUUGCCAUUGCCAAGUCGGAUGAGGACUGGGGGGAGGAAUCAGACAUCAUUCCUCGCCCAUUGAAACUCGAUGCUAUGAGUUUUAGAAACCCCACUGAAAGUGUUCAAACAGUUACAACCGGAGCAUUGAGAAAGAGCCGAUCAUCCUCCACGAUCCGAUCAUGGUAUGAUAAGUCGAAGUUGCCACUAUCAAUUUCUCAACAAACGUCCUCAUCUGCCAUUGCGAAGGGGUUGCCGCCUAAUUUUCAGCCAGAACUCAACCCAGCCGGCGUGGAGGAAGGAUUCAGGUCCAAGAAGAAGCCUGCAAAGUUGGUUUUUUCUCGCACUCGGAAGGGAAGCGAUUCAAGAUGCAAAGACUCGGCUGCAGAGUCAGGCCUCGAUCGCAUGUUGCGUUCGCCAUCCAUCAUAUCCUCCUUCUCCGUCUUGUCAACAAGGUCUCGUGAGUCACGAAGAUUUCGAAAGAAACAUAUCAAGGAGGAUCCUCCCUCUCCAAUUCCCGAAACCCCCCGGCCAGUAACCAGUGGCAGCAACCGACUUGGUCCCGGUAAUACUCGAGAGCUGCCUUCGCUCUAUAGCCACUAUGAGCAGAUGUCCCUGAGAAACGUCAUGAGACAAAAGUCUACUCCUAGCUUAACCAUGACUGAAAAUGGAGUCUUGACUCUCCAAAACGUGACUGAAGUGCCUUACCACGGUCACGAGGAAGAAGUAGCCGUCCAUCAGCGACAAAAACCGGUGUCUCAAAAACCCAAACUGACCAUCUUCCCCAAGGCCGAUUUGCAUUCAUCAUCGCCUGAAAGGAGUAUCUCAAGCUGCCAUACAAAAACGUCGAAGGCAUCGAAAAGUCUGGACAGAUCCCUGGAGGGCGCUGACUUGCUACAAACCAGUGUGUUGAUUCUAUCUUCGGAUUCUGAAGAUGACGAUGUCGAACCGCUACCAACAGUCGUCCGACCUUCAGCGCUAGCGCCCUUGAGAAAGCCGUCAAAGUUGGAAGCAAGAGCACCACCGCUCAAAGAAUGCCGGCCCAAGAUGGUCAGUGACCCGAAACCUAGCGAGGAGCGGCCUAGUCAGUCUACCAAACCAGACAAGAGAACAAUCGUUCCAGAAUCGAAUACAUACGUUGCGAGUCCAAAGCCAGAAAACCGUCUUCGGGCUCCUACUGCAAUGGUUUCGAGGUCUGGAACUCCUUUCGGAAGCUUCUCUCCCGCAGUCUCUUCCCCCAGAACUUCAGUUAUGUCAUACUCUUCGGUAAAUUCAGGAAUGACUUGCCAAGGAAAACCGGGAUAUGGAAUACAGGAAGCCCGUGCCAUGACCGUGUUGCCAGCUUGGCGGUCUUCCGGCGCGGAGCUUGGAGAAAAGCAGGAUGAAGCUUCAAUUACAACCAGCAGAGUGUCCAGGCAACCUACACUCAAUCAAGCCUCGCCAACAGAUCAACUAACACCACCAUUAAGUCCAACGUCCGUUGACUUUUAUAUUGGCUCUGCGCACUCGUCCACCGAAGGCCCCGGAAGCCACAGUCGACUAAUAGCCGUCACCCAUCAGGAGGAAGUGCUUCUCUCUGCAUUGCGGCACAAGCAGCAGGCCAUCCGCAGGGCGUCUAUGUCCCAAGUGUCGGAAGAGAGUGAAGAUGAAAGUGUCGCAGGUAUUCAAGGCCAGCCUGAGAAUUGCCAUCGUGAGCAGCAGGGUAUGGAAUCUGACAUGUCGAGUGACGAUUCACAAACUCUGGCUAAGAAAGGCCGUCGGAAGGAACAUCGGCCAAAGGAGUCGCAGACAACCAUCACUGGUUCGACAUUUGAAUUCGGAUUCCCAGCUCCACCGUCUUUCAAAAACGACACCAAUACACACAAUGAGCAGAGUUCCAGACGUCUCAAGUCCUCUGGCGUUCUCCCUCCUGUUCAAAUAGAGGGCAUAGUCCUUCGCAGCGAUUCCAUUCCUACAAGCCCUGUCGGUCCUCCUCCAUCGCUUGCGUUGCCGAAACUUCCAAAACACGCAAGGAACUCCAAGUCUUUGCCGAGCCGCGACAAUGACAGCACUCAAAGUCAACGAGAUGUGACUCUAUAUUUUGAUGAUUCUGAACCAAGCCCAGAUUUGUCAGAUAUCCAAGGCUGGGAAUCGGCAACCCCCCCAACCACAAAUGGCGUAUCUCCUGAUGCCUCGCCAGCUCUGUCUUGGCCUGAACAUAAAGGAGGCCAAGAAAGUGGCAAGCAAGUGCUCCCUUCAUCUAAAUUAGAAUCACAGUCGUUCCUGUACUGCGACGGUUUCUCUAGACUAAACGUCAGAACUCAAGUACCCAACCAAGAAAGGAAGGCAACUCUCAGUGAAGACAAAGAUAUUCCCCGCCCUGACAGCCCUAUUUCCCCUGAGGCAUUCCCAGCUGUUCCCACGAGAAGAGUAACGUUGGGCAACAUGGCGCGCUUAAGCGCAGUUGGGCCUAGUCCUUUCAGAAAUGCUGGAGCACCAGGAUGGCGGGGAGAUGAUGAUUAA